AUGAGCGCUGUCGACGACGUGGAAGCUCGUAUUCGUCGUCUGGAUGAGACACGGGCUGCAAAAUCAAUACAAUUACAUCAUUUACAACAGGAAUUACGUUAUAAUAGCAUCGCAGGCGUUGACGAACGGCUGGACUCGGGACUGAGUGUCGCUCGGUUGGAAGUCAAAGUUGAGAGUGGACGAAAUUUGCUCUUUAAAGCCGGUUUUUUAUCUGGACAAUGGACGUAUGUGCGAGUUACGGUUGAAGUCCUGACCAAACAGUUAGCGAGCACUACAGUUAUGGAGCACCAAAUGACUACCAAACGACCAGUGAGUGAUGCACCUCGAUGGAAUGACAUGUUAUUGUUUCAAGGACUUCCAGCUGCUGUCGGAACUCUUCGAGUGGAUGUUAUGCAGGAAGAAAGAAUUGGAGCAGAUGAGCUUGUGGGAACUUUUAUUUUACCAUUAGCAAGACUUCAAGAUCAGAGAAAAAUUGACAAGUGGUACGUGCUCGAGAAACACGAUAAAACAAAAAUCAGUGAGCUUUUUCUGAGCUGCAGGUUUCAACGUUCCCCUAUCUCGGCAUUGGAAUUGGAGUUGGAAUUGUUGCAGAACCAAACCAAUGAGUUGCAUUUGUUUCUUGGACGACACCAGAAUUUAAUUGGAUUGUCGUUGCAAGAGUCAACGAAUUCGAUGAUGUCUUCGAAACCGUUACAAGGGAAGGAAGUGAUCUCAGACGAAACACCGGAACAAACGGUAUCGACGAGGUUUUCAGCGGUCGCGUCGUUUCCUCCUGCUAUGAGAAAACGGGAGCUGGUAGAAGAUAUGGAGGUGAGUGUGGAGAUGACGCGAGUAAAACGUCAAUGUGUUGGUGCCGAAAAACAGGCAAAUUCGUUGUCGGAUCGGAUCGUCAAUUGGUUGUUGCCAGCAUCGGCUUUGACUACUCCAACGACUACUGCGAAAUUGAACGCUGCAUCGCAAAAUGGUGUUUUCUCUACUGAAGAAAGCCUUGGUAGGACUUCGAAUCAGUUUUUCCCGUUCAAACAACGGACCACUCGGACCGCUUCAGCAGGGCCACGUCGGUCAAGAAGAAGUGGGCGACCAUUUCCUGCAACGCCACCGAAAACGCCGAAAACGCCAACGACGCUGCAAGCGAUUGAGAAGUGGUUGUUUACAGACAAGGACGGUAAUCCUCGAGACCUGCCAUUUGGACGCCAGACGUCGUCGUAUUAA